GAGAAGACAAUCCGGCAGAUCAAGGCAAGAGGUUGGAAGGAAUGAGGCUGAAGGGAUGGGCGCUGUGUGCGACAACUCUAGCGGGGAGUCGACUUCUUCGGAAAAGAAGCGCGAGCGACAGAAGACGGUGCGAGAAGAGGUGGCGAAACAAACCCGACGCAUGAAGAGGAUGAUAGGACACUCGGAGCCGAUGAUUAGCGGGCACGAAGGUGACGUCAGAGAACGUGCCUCGGGAAAGAGGAUGCAAGGGAUGCGUGGCGGACAAGAACAAGGAGUCAAAAAGAGGCAGUCGAAGGAAGAGGGUGCAACAACAACUAAGAACGCGAGGAGGCCCGACAGCUUGACCAUCUGCGAAGGACAAGCUAUGCGUGAAAGAGAUUCGGCUCGUCUAGGCAUUGCCGCCGCGAGAGAACCUUCAGAGAAAUCCAAAAGGAAACUGGCAUCUGAAGAAGGCGAUGGCCAGAAAAAACCUCGGAGGAGGAAGACUGCUGAGGGGACGAGUGGUGGCGAAAGGGUUGUCGAUAGGCAGUACGAUGAAGCGGCAGCGUUUUGGCUUGAAUGCGAGCGGAACAAUGACGGUGAGAUCGUGGAGAAGGAGUCCCCCAUUCAACUUUUCAUCGACCGCAAGAAGGUCUGCGACAUCCCGCCGUGGGAAAGAUAUUACGAUCACCGCAGUCUCACUCGCGAUGGUGUGGAGGACAUCAAGUGUGCGAUGCUAAGGCAGUUCCACGAUGAAAAGGGGAAGAUCUUGACGAAAAACCCUUUGGUUCUGGCACCCAUCUACAAGCUGGUGAGGCAUAAGCCGGAGAGAGCUGAGAGUGUUUACAAGGAUGUCUUCAAGUCAGAGGACAAGGACAAGUACUUCUAUUACCCUAUCAACGGACAACACACCGUGGCUGCUGUGAAGGAGUUGGACGGUGAGCAAAUAUUCGAAUUGUGGAAGAUGCACUCGUGGCCGGCGAGAGUCGUGUGGUUCUCCGACGAAGAUUUUGGAGGGUACUUGCAGGUCAAUCUCACGGAGAACACAAGACACAAGAUGUCUAAGUAGGGUGCAUAGAAGGCCGCUUUCGAGGACAUGCGAGAGGCAUGGGAGAAUCAAGGAAGGUCGGUGGCCAUUCAAGGGAACUUUUCCAGUAAGGAGGCCGAAAAACAAGCGUUUUUCGAGUUUCAAAAGCUGCUUUUGGGAAAGAGUCCGAACGGGGCUCACUGCACGAUGGCAAGUAAAGCGACAACGCUCGCCGACAAGGACCACAUCGCUGCCAUUGGCAAUGCAUUGAGGCAAUGAAUGCCGGCGUUAUGU